AUGCACUCACGUGGUGUUAGUGGUGGUAGCUGCAGGCAGCUGCAGCCGGGACACCGGGCCAGCGGCGACAAGGCCCGGUGGUGCAAAGCAGGGCGCGUUGCGCCUGCUGUGGGCCUGUACUUUGACGACGACGAUCGCUCGCGUGCCGCCCCUGGCGUCGCGAUCGCAGGCGCACCAGUGCACUUAUUGCGCCGCCAGCGUGCUGCAUCGGCGGCAGCAGCACAUGGCGGGCGCGGCCCUUGCGCGCUGGGCGACGACGAUGGCUGCGGGCCCAGCACUAGCGGGCGCAGCUGCCGAGUGGGCUCUGUCGACCGCAUCGACGCCGAGUGGGCAGCCUUUCCCAAGCCGGGCCUGGGCCGAUUCUACCGCCCCAGCGCCGCACCGCUCACGCCAACGCGGCGCGAGGGGCCGCUCGGGGCUGCGUCGCCGGCCGCCUCCGCAGGCUGCGCCGCCGAGCCUUGCUACGGCGCGGCGGCGCCGGCGCCUGUGGAUGCGACCUGCUGCUGGGACCCGUUGUUGGCGCGCGAGCACCCGGAGGCCGCGGCGGCGUGCGAGCAGCUGCCCCAGUGGGAGGAGGUCUAUGUGCUGCUCUUUGGUGCAGAGCGUGGCCCCGAGAGCGAGGGGAUCUACAGCCUGACGGUGCCCGGUAGGGACGGGCUGCCGGUGCACACAGUGCUGGCGUUUGAGAGCUCCACGGACGCGGAGCGCUACUGCGGCCUAGCCGAGGCGGCGAUGCGCGCGCGGCACCGGCCGACUGUGUGCGGCCUGCCCCCUCUCGAGCUGGCGGUGUUCUGCCGCGACCACGCCUACCAGUGCCGCCUGGAGCGUGCGGGGUCGCUGCUGAUGCCGCCGGACACCAAUGUGCCCAUGACAGACUGGGAGCGCUCCCUCAGGCUCAGGCAGGGAACGGGCUUCAGAGUGCUGGAGGAGGAGCCACCUGUGCCUGUGCGGCAAGCCGGCGCCGACAGCAGCAGUGGCCCGCAGGCGGCUGCUGCGGCAUCGCCGCCGACGUGCGCGCCUGCUGACCAGAUCGCGCUGCUGCGGUCACUCCCGCUUGGUGUGCCCAUGCCCUUAGAGAUGCCACUGGGGCCGGCGGCGCUGGCUGCGGCAGGCCAGGUGCUGCCAGGGCCUGGUGACGCUGCGGCCGUGGCAGCAGCGGCGGCGGCGCAGCUGGGUGACAUGGCGGCCACCAUCGCCAUGCUCGAGGCGCUGCUGCCGCCGGGCGGGUCGUUGGAUCUGGAGGGUGGCGGCCCACUGCCGCCGCCCCACAGCGUGUGA